CCUUCUUAAGCCCCACCCUUGCUCAACUUUGCGGCCGCUCGUCCUUGCCUUUUCCCCUCAGUACGGGCCGUCACCGAAGCAACAAGGCGCUGGGCGUCCUGCGACAUCAUGGUCGGCUCAUCGACAUGGCAGUUUGGCCUUGUGGAUCCGACGAAUUCUACCCAAGUGGCCCAGUACUACACCAAUCAUGCUGUGCCGCAGCGUUUCAAUCCUGGCAUCAUUGUCGCCUCGAUUGCCGUUGCGAUCCUGGGUGCCUACUCGACUCUGCUGGUUCUUGGGCGGCGGACAAGCAACAAGGGUGCACGCAACAUCUUCCUCCUUGUCCUGGCUGCCACAACGAUGAGCUUCGUGGGCAUCUGGGGUAUGCACUUCAUCGGGAUGCACAUGAGCCUGGAGCCGGCACCCGGUGUCAGCUGGUAUAUCAAUUUCAAUCCGGGCUUCACCGUCUUCAGCCUCAUCGUUCCAGGCAUCGCCCUGAUCUUGGCCUUUGUCUUUGUCGACCAGGCCGUCGAGUACAGCCUCUGGAGGAUCAUCGCGAGCGGCACCUUGACUGGCUGCAUCGUCGCACUGAUGCACUACUCCGCCUCGUUCAACGCAAACUUCAAAGUCAUCUACAACCCUGCCCAGACGGUCGUCUCCAUCAUCCUUGCCUGUGUCGGAGCCAGUGUGGCCCUGUCGAUGUUCUUUCGCUACCAGGCACACUGGGAAAAUAGUUGGUGGAAGCGCCUCGUCUGUGCCCUCAUCCUCGCCACCGCCGUCAGCGGUAUGCACUACAUGGGAGUAUGGGGCACUAGCUACCAGGUCCGCCGUGAUCAGCUCGACAAUGUCGAUUCGCUCACAAUGGGCAAUAAGCGAAACACGAUUGUGGUGCUUAUCAUUGGCAUUAUGUGCGGCCUCAACAUUGUCAUUUCCACCUUUUUGGCUGUGACGGACGUGCUGGUGAACCGUGAGACUCGCCGCAAGGCCCGCAAGAUUGUCGUUGCAUCGGCUACCUUUGAUCGGUCCGGUCGAAUGCUCGUCAGGGCCGACGGUUCCAUGCCCAUGGUGGUUCUCGAGACAAAGCUCCGCCAGGCCGAGGUCCUCGAUGCCCUGGACAAGCGCAGCCCUACCUUCCAGUGGCUCUACCUCGUCAGCUGGGACUGGCUCAUCAUCGCGCCCUUCCUCGGCGCCAUCGCCAAGCGCCUCUUCCAGAUUGACUCUGCACAGCAUCAGCAGCAACAGCAGCCGCUGUCCACCGAAUCGUCGAGGAGAGGCGUCAGCUUUGAAGGCUUGUCCAACAGGCACCCGACGUCUGCUUCGACCGUGGCGGCGGACGACAAGCGGCAGGCGCUGGUCGAUUUCAAAGACCGGGUCAUCUUUGCUGCACAUCAGCUCUCGCAGGAGCUCGAGGUAUCUCUCGACCAGGUCGGCGUGCUCUACGACCAUGUCCUGCCCACAGGCACGAAGAGGGCGGCAGAAAUCGCAGCGGCCAAAGUCGAGGCCAACAAGAGACUGCCCGGCUACAAUGCUGACGAGAUGCACCUGGGGAGGAAGAAGGCGAGCGAAACGACGGGACGUGCCGAACUUGGAGGGGAAGACGACGAAGAAAGCCGAUUCGAAGCAACCGUCAGCAUCUUUGGAAGGGGAGACGAGGAGGAUGAAGGUGUGACAAUCUUCCUCGUUCGUGAGCUCCCUCACACCUCCCUGGAAGGGGCAGCAACAUCGCCCGGAAACACUGGUGGGACUGGCGCUGGUGCAGAAGCAGGCGCUGCGGUGGGCGCCACGGCCGACAAAUACAAGAGCAGAGGGUACAGAAUGACGGAGACCCGUUUCCUCGCAGGCGUGCUCGCAGAUCGACACGGAGUCGUCAAAGAUGAGAUGGAGACGCUACUUGAGUCACUUCGCGUCUAUGCCAGGCGAGGCAUCCGACCCGUCGUGCAACCUGGCGGUGUGUAUGCGGGCUUGUUUGGGGUCAGACCCUCCACGAGCCGACAGGGCGGCCUCGACGUGCUUGUGUACGACUUUGCCCGUCAUCAGCUUCCCUCGUACCGGCUUCCAGACGUCAGCUGCCUGACGCCGCCCAUGCGAGCGUUCUUGAGGCUGCUCGAUCAGCUGCCCCUCAACGAGGCGAUGAAGGCGUGUGAACGGGACUCGGUGCGGUCGUCGGAGCGAAAGAAGCAACUCUUCGCAAGUCGCCAGACCCCGGUCGAUCAGGACCGAGAAGAAACCGACGAAGAGCAACAAGAAAGGGAGGAAGAGAUGCUGGCCGAAGAAGAGCUGCUCGAAUCCAUGAUUCGCUUCCAGACUGCCCUCUAUGUCUCCCUCGAUGCGCUCAACAACUCGGUCAGGUUCUAUCCGAACCUCGUCAAGACGGCUAGGAUCAGUGCCGAGGUCCUGGAAGUGCCGUCGAGCUUGAACGACUCGACGGCACCAGCCGAGAUUAUUUUGGUCCAGGCUGUCCUGCCCGAGGAUCGAGAAUAUGCAGUCAUGUCGACCUUUACGUCAAAUUCGGGCAACGUUUCCAGCUUGUCAUCAAGUCACGGUCCACAUCAGCGCAGCGCUUCGAGAACACAGCAGGAAGCCACGACAGAGAAUGUGGGCGCAGGCCUCGUGAUGCCCACCGAUGAGUCCAACGCCGCCUCGCCAUUCGUCUUCACGCCCUAUACUCUCUUUGCCAAGGCGCAAAUGAUGCUGAUGCGCGGUCGACAGGCAGAGGAUUUCGAGCACGAGGUCCUCAUCGAGAUGAAGAGGCGAUUUGUUGCCACCCGCGUUCAGCCUUCGAAAGGAGAAGGAGAGCAGCAGGAAGAAGAAGAGGGAGCAAUGGAGAGAGAUGACUCGGAGAAGAGUUUUGGACUGGAGAAGGUGGGCGGUGAGCAGUCAGAGGCGGACAAGUCUUUGAAGAAAUGGUUCGACUUCAAGUGGCUUGGCCUGGGAGGAAGCAAGAAAAGCCAGAGGUCGGCUUCGAGAGCGGCCAAAACUGUGAGCCUGUCGUUGCGGAGACUCAGCGCAGCUUCGUCAUCCUUCAAGUCUAGCCAUGGCGGAAUCGGGCCCGUCGACGAGGAAAUCGCUCAGCAGGAAGGAUCUAUUCUUCCCACCCUAGGACAACAAGAGGUCGGGCCGGAUCCUGAUGAGAUUAACGAGCAACAACAGCAACUCUCUUACGUACCCAAAACGCCUACGAAACCUGCAAUGGGCCCCCCUCACCAGCACCGGCUGGACAUAUCGAGCCUCAUGACUGAUGCCCUCAACACCAACUCCUCGACGGUGGGCAGCGCUCCGUCGCUCGGUGUUCGGCGCUUCACCACCAUGCGGAGCACAGUGCGAGAAGGUGCCGAAGAAUACCCGAGCUUGACAAGGGGGGCGUCCCUUACCAGCAACACUCCGAUCCCACAGAGUCGGUUUGCGAGGGCUGCAGAAGAAGAUGACGAGGUCGGCGAAGUCACACUGGUCUCGUCACCGCCCAGAGUUGCGCCAACGUCCUAUUCCAAGCGUCACACGAUGUCACCGAGGACGCCUGUGCGCAGGACCAGCAGGACGUGGUCCCAGAGCCAGGAUACCGCAGACAUCAAUAUCCCCUCGUGGGACCUCAUCAACUCUUCGACUUCGUCGAUUACCAAACCCGGCCGAAGUCUUCGACCUUCCACGGCCGAUGCCGACAGCAGGAGGCCUCGUCUGCACACCAGCAUUCGUCCCAACACUGCCGGCGCUCUCCCCAUGUCUGGGACAGUCUCACCAACAGCAGCAACCAUGCUGAUGACUGUGGAAGGGUCGGUAAACAGCGGUAGUAGCACCUCUUCGCAACGCGGUCAGCGCGCCAGGUCUUCGUCGUUUAGAAAGGGCACCGUACAGCAGCACGCUAAACAGCCGCAUGCCCCUAACUCUGCAAGCAUCCGCGCCAGGCUUCAGUCCGAUGAUUGGUAUAGUCGCCAGCUCAUGUCGCUCGAGAGAGGUCCGCUCGGUCAUCAAUUGCUCGGCGUGCUUCCGAGCGAGUACUAGUCAUCUUCAAUCUGUCCGUCUUUGUCACUUGUCACAUCAUCCCUUCGCUUCGUCAGCAACGGCAUAAGCAGCACAAAGGUCUCGCGGCCUUUCCGUACACGAGAAUCCACAUCCUGUAUUUCUUUGUCUUUCGCAACCCUGUGUCACCGUCCACUCUCUGUCCCACAUCUCCUCUCCCUUUCAGUCGCCUCAUAACCCUGAAACGAAUAGAUGGCAUUCACAC